GUCAACUUUGGUAACACUGGCCGAGAUUUCUUAGCAAAUUUCCGCACAAAAAUAAAGUAACAUUUAAAUAGUAGGUUUAGUUUAUUAGCUUUAAUGUUUACACGCCAGAUUGAAUCUUUUGUUAUUUAUUUCGUGAAAUAAGUUUUUAAAAUGGGGUUCGUCUUGUCGAAAUUUCGCAAAGAAAAAUCGACGCAAGUCAUUUUGGAGGGACUGCAGGCCCAGAUCCAGGAGCUGGAGAAACAUAUGAUCAACACCCAGGAGAAGAAACGUCGCUUCGUGGCCAACUUUGUUGGCUUCACCAUUGGCGCUUACAUUGUCGGCUUUGCUUUGUUUUACUUCUUCUACUUCCCGCCGACGACGCAGGGGCGCAUCAUGUACUUGGUGCCGCUGCUGCUCUUCCCCGUUCUCAUUAUAUUGCUGCGGCAAAUGUUUACGUGGUACUUUCAGCGCAAGCUCAACAAAAAUGGCGAUAAGCUCUCGCAACUGAAGGAGAAGAAGAGCAAGAUAUUGGAGCAGGUCAUGGACAAAGAGACCUAUAAGGUGGCCGUGAAUCUCUUGGAACGGUUCGGUGACAAGAAGCAGAGUCGGCUUACUGGGCAGUUGGCCACACAAACUCGUGCUCAGAGCUUACAAUCGUUGAAUCGCACAUUAACCGGCACCCCAAAGCCAAGCACUCCACAGCCGGCAGCUGCAUUGGCUGCGAGGCAACAGCCACAGCGUCCUCUAACACCUUACACCAGUGCCUAUCGCAACGUCAACAAUAAUCUAAAUACUAGUGCUUUGUCGCUGACGUCCUCGUCAUCAAAUUUGGCGACCGGGCAAGAGCUGCGCCGGCGCACACCUUUUCCGAUAACCGAUGAUCGAUCGCGCAGUGCGCUUGACCGGUUGAUGGAUUUUAUUGUGGGCGAUACACCAAGUAAUCGCUUUGGCAUGAUCUGCAAAGAGUGCCAUGCCCAUAAUGGCAUGCUGCCACAAGAGGAGUAUGAAUAUACCACAUUUCGGUGUGCGUUUUGCAAUGCGUUGAAUCCGUCACGCAAGAAGCGACCCGUGGGUCCACUUAUAAUGGUUGACGCCGCUCCAGGAUCCCAGACGCCAUUGUCGGCACGUCGCAACGAGAGUUCUGACAGUGAUUCAUCAUCCGAUGAGGAGCGUACAAGUACUGAUAAACAGCCACUAAUUCGCCGUGCCCUGCUGCCAGACUUACCAGCAACGGCAACGACUGAAAACGCCCCCGAGGCGAAUGAAAUAAACUCAACGACUGUUACAGAAAUGGAGAUCGAUGAACAAACCGAAGAGGUGGAGCCGGAGCCGGAGUUGGAGCCAGAGCCAGAGUCAGAGACUGUUAUCAGCAAAGCUGUAGCCGAAGAAUUGGCCAUUAAGUAAAAAAGCGACUUAUCCUAAUUUAAUAGUUUAAGAAAAUUUUAAUCCGAAUCUUGUAAGGUCACCCUAAAAAAAAAGAACUAACUCACUAGCUUAAAUCUACAAGAAUAUAUUGUUUUUUGGAAAAUUGUUGAAAUACAGAUGAGUGGAAUUGUAAACUGGAAA